GAGCCAUUGCCAUGCCGCCAUCUAGCCCCAGGCUAAUUUACAUUUGGCUGGGUUACCUCAGUGCUGUUGGUGCGGCGCUUCUGGCUGCUGCUGCAAAGCCUGGAGAACAUUACGAAAAACUACUGCACGACUUACCAGCCGCAUGGCUCUGCUGGGUCAUAUUAUGCAUUUACUAUAUUGGAAAACGAUACCUUCUCCACGGGCGCUUCUUUGACGGUGAUGGUAUCAGAGGCCGAGAUCUGACCUCCUUCGCUCACUUGUGGGCGGCUUCUAUUGCCGUCGUUGCGUUCAUAUUUGCCUCUUCCCUUUCAGGGGAAGCCUCGUGGCUACUGCCUGUCAUCACAACUAUCGUCCAUGUGAUAUUUCUUUUGCGAGAAAAACGCUCUUUGUUAUCGCCAUCGGACAGCUCACCUGGGAAUUUUAUACCCAAAGGAUGGCUCUCCUUCGCCCAAUUAACUGGACCAGCUGCUGCUGUCUUACUCUCUUUGGUUGACUCGGUUUUCCUAUUUCGCCAGAGUGGAGAUUUGAAUUCAUCACCGCUACCCUCUAUCCUGCGCCUGUCCGCUUGGAUAUGCCUGGGUUGGUGGACAUCGAAUAGCAUUCGGUCAACAACAGUCUCUGAAGGCGUGGAUGUAACAUCUUCUCUCUCACAUGGUGUUACACCAAGAGUACUUUUCGUAUUGACCGUAUCUCUCGCCCUACGCGGCCAUGUACCAAGCUUUACACGCGUCCAGAUCUUGGUCUCCUUGCUUUCGGCCUCAAAAUGGAUAGCAAUAUUUUCCCUGGUUUCGGGAAAUGGCCCUGCUUCUGCAAGCACUCUAGAUUCAUUUGCACUCUUCUCGGCCCAGGCAAUAAACGUCAAGCAGACCAAUGAAUUUCCCGUUCUAUUUUUGUCAGCCGCAGUAGCCUUGAUACAAGGGGCAAUUGCUCUGCCGAAGGCCACACGACAUCAAAAAUGGCUAGCUCUGCUUUUGUUGAUCCCACUCGCCGGCAUUGUGCGUAAGGAAGCCUCGAUUGACCUUGGAUAUUCCCUCUGGGACGGAACGAUUGGGCGUGUUGCAGAUGUCCCCAUCCACCCCAUCCAACAACUCGCAUCAGAUGCUCUGAAAAGGCACCGGCACCUGGUGGCAGGCCAAUCCAAAACUUUGGAGGCUGCCAUUAAAGAAUAUGAACGCCGAUAUGGCCGAAAGCCUCCUCCUGGAUUUGACGUGUGGUAUAAAGCUGCAACACAGCGAGGAUUCAUUCUUGUCGAUGAGUUCAAUUCAUUAAUGGAAGGGCUGGAGCCAUUCUGGGGGGUUCCUCCCGCCGUGCUUCGUGCCCGUGUGGCUGCAGCAACGCAGAUCUCAGGUUCAAGGCUCAUCCGCUAUUCUGUGAGAAAUCGUCAUCUGAUGGCCGAAAAUGACGGUGAGGCUACUUGGAUUACCAACCAGCUAAGAUUAUGGUUUACUCCUGAAGUUUUGGAAACUGUGCCUGAUAUAAUGUUUGCCUUUAACUUACUUGAUGAGCCAAGGGUCGUGGCUCCCUUUGAUGAGUUAGUGGAGGCUCAAUUUGCAAGUAAACUGAAUAGCUCCGUAGGGCUCUCGAAAUCUUUCUCAGAAACUGUCGGGUUCGACAAGGCAAAUUCCAACAACAUGUGGGAUAGCAUGACACUAUCCUGUGACCCCAAAUCUGCAGCUAGAAAAGGCCCGAGCAGAUUCAGGCUCCCUCACAAGGCACUGGCCAGCAGCUUCGUCUCCAACACGAGCGUUGCCCACGAUGUCUGCUCCAUGCCAGAUCUCCAGAUCCAACACGGAUUCUUCAUUGCCCCCGAAACGGCAAGUAUAGCACAUUCGAUCGUCCCCAUCUUCUCACAGGCCCGGCCUUCAAGUUUUCAAGACAUUCUUCUGCCGAGCGUAUACUAUGGUGCAAAGCUAGAGCUGCAUGAAUACCAGGAAAGCCAGGAUAUGAAGUGGGAUGAGAAAGAGAAUAUCGUCUAUUGGGCAGGCUCUUCAACAGGGGGGCAUACCAACGUUAAGAAUUGGCGUAACUUCCACCGUCAACGACUGGUGCUCGUAACCUCCCACAAUACUACGAGGGUUAGACUUAUGAAAAAGGUCCCUGGACCCUCGUCGAAGGACGGUAACACCACAUCUACUUGGCGCACCUAUACGUCUAAGAUGGGACAGAUUUCGUCCAAGAUCAAAAUCCGAAUUUCAGCCGUCAUCCAAUGUGAGCAGGAUGCAUGUGAUAUGCAAGAAGCCGCUUUUCGACCAGAUGAAUACCCAAAGGAUGAUUUCAAAGCAACUUAUCGAGCAAUGUAUAAUUUAGACGUUGACGGCAACGGUUUCAGCGGCCGUUACCUUCGCGGACUCUUGUCCAACUCUGCCAUGAUGAAGCAAACAAUAUUCAAAGAGUGGAUUGAUGAUUGGCUGACCCCUUGGCUCCAUUAUAUACCCGUUAAUAUGGACCUGGUAGAAUUCCCAGAGUUGAUACGAUUCUUCACUUCUGAACCUGAGGGGCAGGAAAUUGGGAAGAGCAUUGCGAUGGCAAGCAAAGACUGGGUGCAGAAGACGAUUCGAAAGGAAGAUCUAACACUUGCCCUUUGGCGAGUGAUGUUGGAAUAUGCACGGAUUAUGAAGGAUGAUAGGGACUCUCUGCAAUGCUGUUCUUGAUUUGACUGUUGUUGACAGUAUUUUUGUUUGCUGGAGCGGAUUUUAGAUAUAUAUACUGGAUGGGCCUUUUUUUUUUUUUUUUUUUUUU